UGUACGACGCGCGAUUCCACGCAAAGUGACCACGCGCAGAGAAACCCCGUACAGACUCUUCUAACCCAAUAGAAAAUCUCAGUGCUCUCACCGUUCGAGAUAAGAAAACAUGCCCCCACUGGCUCUGACCUGAUCUAGAUUUCAAAGACGAGAAGCACCAUUCCCGUUUCCCGGCCCCCGGGCCACGGGCACGCAAACCCCGAGGUCCUCCCUCCAUCGUUGGUAAUCCACACAUAAGCAAAGCAAAUGUAUUACAGGUGCAAAACAAUACUAGGCGUAGACGAGCAUCUCACACGAAGGCCGCCUACAUAAGUAAUAUGCACAUCACAUGACCCAGCAUGGUCCUCAAGUGCUUGUCGGCACGGAAGCUCGGGACGUGGACGUUCCGAGACGCUUUGUAAGUGAGAAAACGCAUGCCUGCGCCACGAAAAUGGUAGAGUGAGAUGUAAGGUAAGCUAGUAAAGAAGUGUGCGGUUUACGCUGUUUAAGGGGGAAGAACAAAAAGGAGAGGGAAAUUACUUUGUUGUUUGGUUUCUUUGGAAGAAGAUUUCACUUGAUAUAUUGGACCGGCUUCGAAUAUUUAUUUCGUGCAUUGUAUCUUUUUGGAUCGACUGUAGGAAUUUCUACUCGGGGUUUCUCUUUCAUCAAAGCAAGACAACGCUGAGGAUUUUUUUCCGAAGCAAUUGGAGAAACAAAGCAGAAACGACAACGCCAUCAACAACGACACGAACAAUACAUAUUCAUCGCCGUACCAGCACCGUCUAUCACUUUUAUAUGACCAGCCAACUUACACCUAGAAAGAAACACCCGACCUUCUUUCCUCCGCGGUGAGAACAAGCUACCACACCAUAGAUAACAAGGGUCUACAUCUAGCCUCGCUUCGCCUCUCCCCAUAAAAAAAAGGAGCAGACAAAGCAGCGAAAACCAAACGCAUGAACUCGAUUCGCGGCCUACUAUCGAAGCGCGGCGAUCUAGUAAAGUACAUCCGACAACGACAACCAAAGAGGGGCGGAUCUACAGCAGCAAAAAUGUCGACAUCUGCAGCGACCGCUGCGUCGGAGCCGCAGCCGGAUCAGAAAGAGGAAGCCCCUGCUGCUGCUCUGCCGAAGCUCACGCCGGCCGAGUAUCAGCAGUACAAUCACAUGGCUGAGAUUAUGGAUCGGUACCAUACGCAUUUCAGACAGACGUGGACAAUGAUAUACUCUGCAUGCGAGGCGAACAAACGACCGUCAGGCAUGUCGAUCCGACAAUUCAUGUCGGUAGCUGAGAGGCUGAUUCAGGGUCUGACGAUGCACCACACCAUUGAAGAGCAGCACGUCUUUCCCGUCCUCGCAAAGAAGAUGCCGGCGUUCAGAAAAGAGCUAGAGCUGUUGACGCAUCACAAGCUCAUCCACGAGGGACUCGAAAGGCUGGAGGAGUAUCUGAACGGCUGCAAAAGCGGCGAGACAGAGUUUAGAAUGGGCGAGAUGAAGAACGUCAUGGAUAGUUUUGGGGGGACUCUUUGGGAGCAUUUGGACGCCGAGGUCAAACAGUUGGGCGCGGAAAACAUGCGCAAGUACUGGUCGUUGAAGGAAAUGUCGCGGAUGCCCAUGUGA